CGGAAGUGAAUAUGUUUUUAGUGCGGAAACGAUUCAAACUUCAGUUUGUUUUGGAAAUUGUUGUUUAAAUCAGUUACUUGUUGGUCAGUUUUGGUUCAGUUCCGGUAAAGGGACGUGAGUUGGUGAAGUGGAUCUCUCUGCUGCAGACUGUCGGUUCUGAUGGCUCUGGACUGGAUCGGGCUCAGUUAUGCUGUUCUGGUGUCAGCUGGAGGAGUUCUGGGUUAUGUGAAAGCAGGCAGCGUCACGUCUCUGGUCGCCGGCCUCCUGUUCGGCCUGUUGGCUGCAGCCGGCGCCUAUCUGACAUCUCAAAAUCCCAGGAAUGUGUGGCUUUCACUCGGUACAGCAGGAACUCUGGCUGUCGUGAUGGGACUCAGGUUUCUGAACUCCUGGAAGUUCAUGCCAGCUGGUUUAAUGACUUUAGCAAGUGCACUGAUGCUGGCAAAGAUCGUCACUGGAAUGUUGAAGACGCGACCACAUAAGACUUGAAUGUAUUUAAAUCAACGUUUUCAAUACUUUCAACAUAAAAUUUAAACAUUCCCACUGAGAAAUUUUCUAUUAUAGUCUUGUGUAAUUACAAAAACAUAUUACAAAAUGCAGUUGUAUAUAUAUAGUCGUUGAACAACAAAUCUACCAAAUCUUUUUUUAAUUACAUUUUUUCCUCUAGUAUAUAUUUGUAAAAUUUUAGGGUGUGUUUGUGAAAUUGAAAUUGCUGCUGCAACACUGCAAGUCUAUCAAAAUCUGAUAUUAGCAACAAUCCUUUCUCUUUGAAAACACACAUCACUUGUCAUAGAGGUACUUUUUUUCUGCUGUAUUUUAUAUACAUGAUCAAAUUUGAUGAUUGCAAUUUAAUACAAAAACUGUACAUUUGCAUCUUUUUUUGCUGCUAUGAAAAAAUAAAACGCUCUCAAGUAUAAAAAA